ACACAGUAAACCCCCUCUUUAUCGCUCUCCUCUUUCCUCACCUUUAUCCCCCGAAAAUCCCAAUGGCCGCACCAGGCCUCAACCUCACUCCUUCUCUCCCCUCCCGCCCUAAAUUAUCCACCACCACCACCAUUAAAUGUGAUCUCUCUUCUUCUCAAAACCCUAAACCCCUGAAAUCCCCCCCUCUCAAACCCCUCCUCCUCUCCUCCCUCACCAAAACCCUAGCCUUCUCCGCCGCCUCCGGCCUCCUCUUCCACCUCACCUCUUCCUCCGCCCUCCUCGGAAACGGCCCCGGUGCUCCUCCCGGCGGCGGAGGCGGCGGAGGCGGAGGAGGAGACGGUGGCGGUGGAUUCUGGUCGAGACUCUUCUCUCCAUCAGCAAUUGCAAAAGACGACGAAUCGGAAUCUCAAGAAUGGGACUCUCACGGCUUGCCGGCCAACAUUGUGGUUCAACUCAGCAAACUCAGUGGUUUCAAGAAAUACAAAGUCUCCGAGAUCUUAUUCUUCGAUCGCCGCCGCUGGACUACUGUUGGAACCGAAGACUCGUUCUUCGAAAUGGUCUCGCUUCGCCCCGGAGGUAUAUACACCAAAACCCAGCUCCAGAAAGAGCUCGAAACCCUAGCCACUUGUGGGAUGUUCGAAAAGGUCGAUCUUGAAGGCAAGACCAAUCCCGACGGGACCAUCGGAGUUACAAUUUCGUUCACGGAGAGUACUUGGCAAUCGGCUGAUAAGUUUCGGUGCAUCAAUGUGGGUUUAAUGCCGCAAUCAAAGCCGAUCGAAAUGGACCAAGAUAUGACCGAGAAGGAGAAAUUGGAGUAUUUGAGGAGUCAGGAGAAGGAUUACAGGAGGAGAAUUGACAGGGCUAGGCCUUGUUUGUUGCCAAUGAGUGUGCAUAGGGAGGUUUUGCAGAUGUUGAGGGAGCAAGGGAAAGUGAGUGCUCGGUUGUUGCAGAAGAUAAGGGAUCAUGUUCAGAAGUGGUACCAUGAUGAAGGGUAUGCCUGCGCUCAGGUUGUGAAUUUCGGGAAUUUGAAUACGAAGGAGGUUGUUUGUGAGGUUGUGGAAGGAGAUAUUACCCAGUUGGUGAUUCAGUUCCAGGAUAAGCUUGGAAAUGUGUGCGAGGGAAACACUCAACUCGGAGUUCUGAGGCGAGAAUUGCCCAAACAGCUCCGACAAGGGCGUGUUUUCAACAUAGAAGCAGGGAAACAAGCUCUGAGGAACAUAAACUCGCUAGCUUUGUUUUCGAAUAUUGAAGUUAAUCCACGACCUGAUGAGAAGAACGAGGGAGGGAUUAUUGUGGAGAUAAAGCUUAAAGAACUAGAACAAAAGUCGGCUGAAGUCAGUACAGAGUGGAGUAUCGUCCCUGGACGUGGAGGACGUCCUGCGCUGGCUUCUAUUCAGCCUGGUGGAACUGUUUCCUUUGAGCAUCGGAAUCUCAACGGGUUAAACAGAUCCAUUCUUGGUUCAGUGACUACUAGCAACUUUCUCAAUCCUCAGGAUGAUCUUUCUUUUAAGCUCGAAUAUGUGCAUCCAUAUUUAGAUGGUGUAUAUAAUCCUCGCAACCGCACCUUCCGUACAAGCAUCUUUAACAGCAGGAAACUUAGUCCUGUCUUCACGGCUGGACCAGGAGUGGACGAAGUCCCCCCUAUAUGGGUUGAUCGUGCUGGUGUGAAAGCCAAUAUUACAGAGAAUUUCACUCGUCAAAGCAAAUUCACUUAUGGUCUUGUCAUGGAAGAGAUAACAACACGUGAUGAAAGCAGUCACAUUUCUCCAAGUGGUCAAAGGGUGUUGCCAAGUGGAGGAAUUAGUGCAGAUGGACCUCCAACUACACUCAGUGGCACUGGCAUUGACCGGAUGGCAUUUGCUCAGGCAAAUAUUACACGUGAUAACACCAAAUUUGUUAAUGGAGCAAUAAUUGGUGAGAGGAAUGUGUUCCAGCUUGACCAAGGCCUUGGCAUUGGUAGCAAGUUUCCAUUUUUUAAUCGCCACCAGCUAACAUUGACCCGAUUCAUCCAACUAAAGCAAGUGGAGGAAGGUGCUGGUAAACCACCACCACCCGUGCUGGUCCUUCACGGCCAUUAUGGCGGCUGUGUGGGAGACCUCCCAAGUUAUGAUGCUUUUACACUUGGCGGGCCUUAUUCAGUGAGGGGUUACAACAUGGGCGAGAUAGGUGCCGCUAGAAAUAUCCUUGAGCUUGCUGCUGAGUUGCGGAUACCUGUGAGAAACACACAUGUUUAUGCGUUUGCGGAACAUGGAAACGAUUUAGGAAGUUCCAAGGAUGUAAAGGGAAACCCAACUGAGGUCUAUAGGAGAAUGGGUCAAGGCUCCUCAUAUGGUGCUGGGGUCAAGCUAGGUCUAGUACGUGCAGAGUAUGCUGUUGAUCACAACUCAGGGACUGGUGCCAUUUUCUUCAGAUUUGGGGAGAGAUUUUGAGGUAGUUAAAGUUCAGAAGUUUUGGUAGGUACAUUCAUCACAUUUUGUGCUGGAAAAUAAUUUUUAUAGCUAAUUUAGAUGUUUCGCAAGUUGAGUUUUGUAGAACUAUAGUGUUUUAGUUUUAUUGGGAUUCAUGCUUUUGGCGGUUUAUUUUGUUUCUCACAUUCCUCAUCGUGUGAAUUGAAUUCACCAAGAAAGUUGUAUUGUUGUUAUGAUGAAUGAUCCAAGUGUGGGUUUUUUCCCC